CACGAACACCACAGUGAGUGGCAAUGUGGCAGAGGUGAGUGGUGGGGGCAUGUAUGUUAUGAACUCGCUCGAGGUGCGCGACAGUAUGAUAGCCUGCAACAGUGCGACCUUUGGGGGUGGUCUGUACGUGUCGUAUACCAAUGACAUUGUGGGGAUCGACACUUCGGAACCGGUGGUGGGGUAUGUACGCGUGGUCUGUGUGUGGAUCUCUAUGUUAUAG